UCCGAUAAGUCGUGAAGAAGAUUUACUUUUUUCUAAAAAGCACAUCUAUCCAGGAUUAUAUCAACUUGCUCUAAAAUAUCUAACGGUGCCUGCGACAUCGGCUUCUAUCGAACGCAUUUUCUCGCAAAGUGGUUUCUGAUGAGACCACGUCGAGCAUCAUUAACGGCAAAGAAUGUGUGUCUACUAACUUUUCUAAAAUGUAAUAAAGUUUUACUUUGAUUCCAUCUACUUGAAGGUUGAUAAUACAUAAAUAAAAAAAUGUUUUAACAUUUCGCUCGGUAUGUUUCUACAUAGGCUCGGUACUCAAAGCCUUGGUACUCGUACUCGACUCAUACUCGAAGGUUCGGUACUCGUACUCGACUCGUACUUGAAAAAUCCCGUUCUUGCCCAGCUCUGAAAUGGAUAGUAGUUCGGAAAAUAAAAGGUGAUUUUAAGGCUAUUUUACUUCGUGCAAAGUCAGUAACGCGUUUGAACGUCUGGAAUGUGACAAAAACAUUCUGCUAAACGAGUUAGUUCUAUGAAAAAAUUUAAACGCACUCUAAUGCGUUUUUUUCGCAGAAAAGGUUUGCCUGGGAUACUUCUGAUGUUGAGAAAUAACCCGUAACUAGCCUUUUUCAUCGGUUCACGUGUGGUUCGAGUUGUAUUGUUAUCUGUCUUUAUAUAGAGUUAAAAAGCGUGACAGGAACACGUAACAUUGAUGAAAGAAUACUAAUACACAUGGCACACGUUAUUUUACUUGACAGAGAAAAGGGCAAACGAAAAGUUUUCAUUCUUUAACUUAAGUAUGUUAUCAUCUGGUGCUGUUAGUAUUAUGAAUAGUAAUUGAUGAAGAAGAAACAUUAUGAUUUUAUUCUGUUUAAAAAUAUUUCAUAUACGCAUAUAUCUUGCACAUAUCAUACACUGUGAUUAAAAAGUUUACUCAGGACGGAUAAUGUUAUUAUGAUAAAGUAAGUUUAUUCACAGAUGACUUUGCAACAAUAUAUUUAUCAGACUAUUAGAAAGAAUAUAUGUAUAUUUAUUUAUUUUUUUAUCAUUAUAUUUCUAAUAUUUAAUUCACAUAAUGACAACAUAGCAAAUGACGUUUACAACUAUUCGAAUUUAACAUCACUAAUGACACCAUUCGAAGAACUUGGCUCUGAGUCAACAUUCUGUUGUACACGAGAUACACUUCGUGAACAGUAUGAAUCAGAAUAUAAAGAACUUGAAUAUUAUCAUCUCAAUGAACUCUACGUCCAAGAUCAGCAGCCACCAUUACCCUAUUUUUAUUCUUUAUGGAAAACAUCAGUACUUUUACCUCGUCUUUAUACACCAUGCGAACAUAAAGUUAUGAUUAAUUUAUUAAAUACAUUUCAUCAACUAUGUAAAUCAAAUAAUAUCACUUAUAUGAUAUGUGAUGGAACAUUAUUAGGAUCAUACAGAAAUCAUGAUAUACUGCCGUAUGAUGAUGAUCUCGAUGUAUUAGUAUCUGAAUAUGAUCGUUUGCGUCUGUUAAAAAUCAAAGAUUCAAUCUCAGACGAUCAACGCAGUUGGACAAUGUUUUCACGUGGUAAGAAUAGUUUAGCAAAGUUUUAUUUUCGUGAAUUAAAGAAAGCCGGUCGUACAAAGUGGAAAUGGCCAUUCAUCGACAUUUUUGGAUUCCAAGAAAAUUCUACUCAUAUUUGGUUUGAGGCUCCAGUUGAUAAAAAAUAUAUUUAUCCCUUAGUUUUGAGACCAAUCGCGUCACAAUGGUUAUGGUCACCACGAAGUAUUUUCGGAUAUUAUCAAUCAUUACAAAAACGAUAUGAGCUUUACUCUGAAUCGCCAUCUUUUGAUCAGACAUGUUUACAACAACGUUAUUCUCAUCGAUUCGAAGAGGAAAGACAUAAAUUUACAGCUGUUAAUUGUAGUCAGUUGCAUAAUAUUUAUCCAUAUAUUCGGCGGACGUGUAAUGAGACAAAGUGUUUUGAACAUUUAAUGAUUAAUGAGAAUACAACAAUGUAUUCAUUGAACAUGGAUAAAGAUGCUUAUGCUCAUCUGUGA